GCGUGCCCGCCGCCCCCACCCUGUGGUUGCGGUGGUGGUGGUUUGGGUGGCGGCGGCGGUGGUGGCGGAGCUUAUGCAGUGCCAAGUGUUGGCGGUGGUGGAGGCGGUGGAUAUGCACAGCCUGCAGUUAAUUCGAUAGGUGGCGGAGGGUAUUCGACAGGAGGUGGCGGCUAUUCCGCACCAAGCGUCGGUGUGGCUGGCGGUGCUGGAAGCUAUGCAACCGGAAAGAAGUAA